GAAAAAUCGAAAAUCGGAAUCGGAAUCCGAAACAUCCGUCGAAAAAGAAACAAAUUUCUUGCAAUUGAAGUUACCUUUUAACUCUCCUUUAAAUCAAAAUCCCCAAUUUUGCCAACUUCUCUCCCUGUUCUCAGGUUUUGGGGGAGAAAUAAAGAGAGAGAGAUUUUAGAACAAACCCUAGUGACAAAGUUACAGUCUUUUUGCUUUAAAAUGGGUCGUGAAUCAGUGUCUACUCUGUCUUCUCCGCCCACGGCGACGGCCACGGCCACUGCGGUGGCGACGGCCACGGCCACUGCGGUGGCGACGGCGCUUGCUCCUGGGUUUCGAUUUCAUCCCACUGACGACGAACUCGUGAGCUAUUACUUGAAGCGGAAGGUUCUGGGUAAGCCCGUACGGUUCAAUGCGAUUGGGGAUGUGGAUAUCUACAAGCAUGAGCCUUGGGACUUAGAAGUUUUUUCGUGGUUGAAGACAAGGGACCAGGAAUGGUACUUCUAUUGCGCGUUAGACAAGAAGUACGGAAACGGCGCUAGGAUGAACCGAGCCACUAACAAAGGCUAUUGGAAAGCAACUGGUAAAGACAGAGAGAUCCGCAGUGAUGUUCAGAUUCUCGGUAUGAAAAAGACACUCGUUUUUCACAGCGGUCGUGCCCCGGAUGGGCUCCGGACCAAUUGGGUCAUGCAUGAGUAUCGCCUUGUGGAUUAUGAAACCGAAAACAAUGGAAACUUGGUGCAAGAUGCAUAUGUGUUGUGCAGAAUUUUUCACAAGAAGAACAUUGGGCCACCAAGUGGGAACAGAUAUGCACCGUUUAUGGAAGAAGAAUGGGCUGAUGAUGGAGUAGCUCUGAUUCCAGGAGUAGACGUUGGAGUCAAGGCAGAGCCGCUACCAGUAGCCAAUGGAAACUACCAGAUGGACCAGUCAGAAAGCAAGGACCUUAUUAACAUCAACGAGCCACCAAGAGAGACUACUCCAAUGGAAAUCGAACUUAACCAUAAGAAUCAUCAGGAGACUGCCCUCAAGCCGCAGCAGAAUAACAACAAUAACCAUUCUAAUGAAGAUGAGAAAGCACUCAAACGUGAGCACCCAGAUGAGGAUGACCGUCCUCCUCCUGCAAACAAAGAAGCUCCGUCACCUCUCCUCCAAUACAAACGCAGGCGCCAAAACGAAUCCAACAACUCAAGAAGGACCACACAGGACCACUGUUCGUCCACAACAAAAACCGUCGACAACACAACAACCUUAAUCUCAUCAUCUGCUGCUCCUGCCACCAGCACUGCCAUCUCUGCAUUGCUUGAGUUCUCUCUCAUGGGUAUCUCAGAGAAGAAGCAUCUUCACAAGGAAGCUUCUCCUACCACACUUCCACCUCAUGAAGAGAAGCUUAACGAUCUGCAGAAGGAGAUUCACCAGAUGUCUGUUGAGAGAGAAAGUUUCAAGCUUGAGAUGAUGAGUGCAGAGGCUAUGAUCAGUAUUCUCCAGUCUAGGAUUGAUGCACUGCGCCAGGAGAACGAUGAUCUGAGGAAUAACAACGCCAAAGGUCAAGCAAUGCUCUAAAGAGUAAAGCCAUCUCUUCAGGUUUCUUCUUCUUUGCAUUUUAGCUGUGUAAUAUAGUGAGCUAUCUACUAUGUAUAGCUUCAGGAGACGGAUUGUGAACCGUUUGGAUGGCUGUUAUAAAAGUAUGAUUUAUUAUCUUCUUGUUGGUGGGAUGUUUAUGCAUCUUUUGAGAAUAUUUUCAGGUUGGUCUAUUGUCAUAUACCUCUAUAAUCUAAUCUGAUAUUUUCAGUUAAGA